AUGACUGGUGCCACGCCUAUUGAUAUUUCCUCUCGGCAGUCGACCUCGGUGUCGCCCCCGGGUCAACAGGCGUCCAAUCUGACCUCGGCGCUGCAAAGAGCGGGCAACGGCGAGCGCACAGGGAGCUUUUCACAUCUCCCCGGGGGAGGACUCGGCGUGUUCAAGGCUCCGCCACCUCGUAAGGACUCGAUCGGCGCUGCCACGGCACAAUGGGGGAACGGGACGAAACCUAUUACGAUGUCGGGAUCUGCCCGCGACAAAGGUCGCCGCGAGUCACUCGCAGGGAGUUUGGUGGGUGGUAUGAGCUGGGGUGGUGUAUCUGUCGGUAGUUGGAUACGUGAUGAUAUCAUAAUGACUGGCACAUCGCCAUUUACCUUCCAGUCCCCGUCUUUCCAUUCGUCAUCGUAUCUCCCGAAGUUGGAAGCGAAUUUUAUGCGAGACUUUUCGUGCUGCGGUGUGACGUUACCGACGCUCCAUGACCUAUUACAACACUACGAAGAAGCCCAUGCGACCAAGUCGCCCAACCAGGGCCAUCGGCCGAGCCAGGGUGAGAAUCGAGCUGCCUUGGCGGCUGCCGCAAUCGCGCAGCAACAGAACCAACAGCAUGGCAGCCAAGGACGUGGUCUGCAGCCCGAUCGGACCCUGGACAUGCAGCGCAAAUUGGGCCAGAAUCCAUCACCAUUGCAGCACGCGGAUCUAGACACAAUCGACGACAUGGAGUUGGACGACGCCCUAGGAGACGGAGACGGCUCAGGGUCGCAGAUGUUCUCGUCUCAGCUGCAUGAGGGUGGACAGGGCGGAUAUGGUAACUCCAACCAGCAGCAGUUAAAUCUGGAACAAUCCCACUGUCUCUUCCGUCAACACCCCGACUUUGAUGGCCAACCCGCUCCAAAAUUCGCAGUUCCGAAAUACGCCCGAUUCAUCCGGACCAGGGACCCCGCCGAAAUCGACGAGAGCAUGAUGGGUGGAUUCGGUGAUCUCAGUAUGCAGAAUAACACCAUGGGCCAAAAUCAGAAUCAGUUUGGCCGCUUCAAUGGGAACAAUAAUGACAUGGUCGAUCUUUGCAUCGACGAACCAGCCAAGCGGCUGUUCAGCCCCAGUGGUGGCAUGGGUUCGCCCAACGCCCACUUUAAGCUCAGUGGAGCUCAAUAUGGCCCGAAUAGCGAUAUUGCACGACGAAUCCGCGAACAACAAUUGCUGGCUGGUGUUCCCGACACCACCGUUAUUCUUCCCAACGAAGAACCCAAGCCGUUCCGAUGCCCCGUUAUCGGCUGUGAGAAGGCAUACAAGAACCAAAACGGACUCAAAUACCACAAAGCUCAUGGCCAUAAUAACCAACAACUUCACGACAACGCCGAUGGCACGUUCUCGAUCGUCAACCCAGAGACAUCAGCGCCGUACCCCGGCACGCUUGGCAUGGAGAAGGAAAAGCCCUACCGCUGCGAGGUGUGCGGCAAGCGCUACAAGAACCUGAACGGACUCAAGUACCAUAAAUCACACUCACCACCCUGCAACCCGGAUUUCCAGCUUGGAGGUCGUAACCUCGCCCUCGGCGGUGGAGUCAUGCAAGGGCAAAACAUCAACGUUGCUGGAGCUGGCCUCCCCGGAAUUGGCGAAGAAGGCCUUCUGUGA